AUGGGCAGAACGGGACUGACCCGCACCUCCAAAACUGUUCACAAACCUCACCAAAUGACAAAGUUCUUGGUGAGAGAACCUCCGAAGCAAGUUCCAAGCCAUUCGCCUGAAUCGGAAUCCAAAAUGGCGGCCGAACACUCGGACGACGAGGAAGACGGCACAAUGCUAACCCGAUACGAGUUUAGAACAACGAUCCAUCGCCUAGAAUCGAUUAUCGCGGACCAGAUCAGGCAAGCUAUUCAGCCCUUCUCAGAGGAGCUUAAGGCAAUCACUUCUACCCUAUCAGAAGUCUCCCAGGCAGCCGAGACUGCCCUUGAUACAGCGAUAGCGGCGCAAGAGGACAUUUGCAACCUCCAAAAGUCUGAAGACUGGGCGGCCAACAAAAUAAUGGCAAUUGAAAAUAAACUAAGAGGACAAAACCUUAAAUUUCGGAAUAUAGUGGAGAAUGCGGAGGAUAUAGACAACAGUGGAUAUGUCAGUGAUUAUGAACUUCAAGACCUUUUCAAAGAAGCAAGCGUUCCUCUGCCUGGUUACAAAGUACGAGAAAUUGUAGAAAAAAUUAUAGCUGUUACAGAUAACAACAAGGAUGGCAAAAUCAACUUUGAAGAAUUUGUAUCGGUUAUUCAAGAAUUAAAAAGUAAUGAUAUUAGCAAAUCAUUCCGAAAAUCAAUAAACAAAAAAAAGGGAAUUACUGCAAUUGGAGGAACAUCCCCAAUUUCCAGUGAGGGGACCCAACACUCUUACUCAGAGGAAGAAAAGGUUGCUUUUGUUAACUGGAUAAAUAAAGCUCUGCAAGAUGACCCUGACUGUAAACACCUUCUCCCCAUGGAUCCAACAGAUGAUAGUCUUUUUAAGUCACUUGCUGAUGGCAUCCUCCUUUGCAAAAUGAUAAAUUUAUCCCAACCAGAUACAAUUGACGAGAGAGUAAUUAAUAAGAAGAAGCUUACUCCAUUUACUAUCUCAGAAAAUCUAGAUCUUGCACUGAAUUCUGCAUCAGCUAUUGGUUGUACAGUAGUCAAUAUUGGAUCACAAGAUCUAAAAGAAGGAAAGCCACAUUUGGUGCUAGGACUGUUGUGGCAAAUUAUUAAGGUUGGGCUUUUUGCAGAUAUAGAAAUCUCCAGAAAUGAAGCUCUUAUUGGUUUGCUAAAUGAUGAUGAAGAAUUAGAGCAAUUAAUUAAACUGUCUCCAGAAGACCUCCUGCUGCGUUGGGUUAACUACCAUUUGGACAAUGCUGAAUGGAAGAAAAUACAUAACUUUAGUCAAGAUAUUAAGGACUCGAAAGCAUACUAUCACCUUCUGAAGCAAAUUGCACCUAAAGGAGACAACAGUGAGGAGACUGCCAUUGACAUAGAUCUUUCAGGUCUAAAUGAGAAAAGUGAUUUGAAGAGGGCUGAAUAUAUGCUUCAACAAGCAGAGAAACUGGGCUGCAAACAGUUUGUGACUCCAGCAGAUGUAGUUGCAGGCAACCCUAAACUUAACAUGGCCUUUGUUGCAAAUCUCUUUAACACAUACCCUGCCCUGCACAAGCCUGAAAGCACUUCUUAUGAUGUCAAUUUGCUAGAAGGAGAAAGUAAGGAAGAAAGGACAUUCCGAAACUGGAUGAACUCUUUGGGUGUAACCCCUUAUAUUAACCAUUUGUACAGUGACCUUUCUGAUGCAUUAGUAAUCUUCCAACUCUAUGAAAUGACACGGGUACCAGUACAGUGGAAUCAUGUCAACAAACCACCAUAUCCUGCACUUGGGGGAAACAUGAAAAAGAUUGAAAACUGUAACUAUGCAGUGGAACUGGGAAAGACAAAAGCCAGAUUUUCCUUAGUUGGCAUUGGUGGACAGGACCUCAACGAAGGCAACCCAACAUUGACAUUGGCACUAGUGUGGCAGUUAAUGAGAAGGUAUACUUUGAAUGUACUGUCAGACCUUGGAGAAGGAGCGAAAGUAAAUGAUGAAAUUAUUAUUAAAUGGGUGAAUCAAACUCUUGUAAAUGCAAAUAAGAGCACUUCAAUAACUAGCUUCAAGGAAGUGGUCUUCCUGGUACUGGAAUAUGUGGUACACAGAGUAACUAUAGAUCUAUAA